AUGAAGUUCGCCAAGGAGCUCGAAGAGGAUUUGGUACCUGAGUGGAGGGCUAAGUACUUGAAUUAUAAGGCUGGCAAAAAGAAGGUGAAGGCAAUAUCGAGAGCACUUCGCCAUGCUGAGCAGCAAUCUCCUUCUGCCCAUCGUAGACGUCUCAGCCAUAUCUUCCGCCAUGAGGACCGUCCCACUGUCGAUUUUCCUCCGCCACGUUCCGGCUUUCGUCAAGCGUCUGCUGCCCGAGGACUGAAAUCUUUUACUCCCUUCCAACGGUCCGAUUCUGCCCUACAAGACCUAUCUCGUGGAAAAUUUGGGGCUACUCUCGAUGUUGGCAUCCAGGGACGACAGCCACUGAGCCCUCUAGGGUCCCGGUGUAAUGAGCCGACUGACGAUGACGGAAACAUUAUAGCCCCCGCCCCACAGCGUGUACCAGCUUCAAUCCUUCCCUCCCUGGAACUUCCAGACCCUGCCUUGGAAAUGGAAGACCCUCAUUUCCGUCCUGGAACUCUAACCCGGAGGAUACCGUGCGGCGACGUGGAUGGAACCCAAGCCUUAAACACUGUUGGGGAAGCUGGUAACGGAACGAUGGAAUUGAUAAAUCCUCAUAUCCAAAACUCUACCUCCAGCUAUCCCCGGGGAGCGAUCGAUAUAGUCCAGCCAAGUCGCCAUUCAGUUCCGAGUCGAGUACUCGGUAGCCCAAAAGCUCUGUUGAAGAAGGUGUUUACUUCUAGGACACAUGGUGACCAUUCAACAAUUCGUGGGCCUGUUGAUGCAUUUAUGGCACUUAGGCAUAGAGAAUCGGAAUUUUUUACUUUCUUGGAGAAGGAGUUAGCAAAAAUUGAAUCUUUUUAUCAUUUCAAAGAGAAAGAGGCCACUGAGCGGCUGGGAGUGUUACGAGCCCAGCUUCAUCUUAUGAGAGAUACUAGAGUUGGCGAGCUAAUGGCCAAUAAGCGGAAUGCAGAGGCUAAAACCCGGCUCAAUGUGGUUUCCGAGUCGGACGUUGGUGUUUCCGCACGGAAAUGGGGGGUUCCUCUGGGAAAUAAGCUGGGUAAAGCAAGGUCUAGAAAAACUUCAGAAGCCAUGGAGCAACUUGCAACUCCCUCGGGCCCGCUGCCUAUGUGUUCCUACCCUUAUGAGCAACGAGACUUCGUCCGCCGAGAAGAUCUAAAUGACGUUUCAUAUCGCUCUGCCAAAAGGAAACUGAAAGUUGCCUUGAUAGAGUUUUAUCGUGGUCUGGAGCUCCUCAAGGCCUAUGCUGACCUAAACCGAAAAGCGUUUCGCAAAAUGAACAAAAAGUACGACAAGGUUACCGCCGCACGCCCGGCUGGUCACUACGUUUCAGAGAAGGUCAACAAGGCAUGGUUUGUCCAAAGCGAAGUUGUUGAAAAUCACAUGGUGUCCGUCGAGGACCUUUACGCGCGCUAUUUUGAGAGAGGCAAUCGUAAGGUUGCCACUCGGAAACUUCGCAGCAAGACCUCAAGAACCUACGAUUAUUCUUCCAAUGCCUUUCGUAAUGGCUUGAUGUUCUCAGGAGGCGUCGUCCUUGGCGUUCAGGGUUUGACAUAUGCAGUGCACCUGUUGUUCCAUGGGAAUCCUCAAGUCCGCCUUUACACCGCUUACUUACUCCAGAUCUACGGCGGUUAUUUCCUCGCUCUCUUCCAUUUUCUUCUUUUUUGUAUGGAUUGUAAAAUUUGGGGUGCCAGCAAAAUCAAUUAUGCCUUCGUUUUUGAAUUUGAUUCUCGUCAUGUACUGGAUUGGCGUGAACUGUUGGAGGUACCCUGUCUUUUUGUCCUAUUACUUGGGAUAAUUCUAUUUUUAAAUUUCCGCUGGGUGAAUAGCUUAUACAUUUACUGGCCUAUUAUUCUAAUAGGCAUCACCCUGCUCAUUUUGUUUAUUCCCAUACCUUUAUUCUAUCAUCGAAGUAGAAGAUGGUGGGCAUAUUCAAAUUGGCGCCUUUUACUGGCGGGUUUCUAUCCUGUCGAGUUUCGAGACUUUUUCCUGGGUGAUAUGUACUGCUCCCAAGUAUAUGCUAUGAGUAAUAUUGCAUUAUUCUUCUGUCUAUAUAGCAAGGGAUGGGAUAACGCGCCAAGGUGCAAUUCCUCACACUCACGAGUCAUGGGCUUCCUCUCGACAGUUCCAUCUAUCUGGCGCUCCUUCCAAUGCCUCCGACGUUAUUUCGAUACUAGAAAUGUUUUCCCCCACAUUGCAAAUCUAGGAAAAUACUCUUUUUCAAUCCUCUACUACAUGACCCUUAGCCUAUACCGAAUUCAGAGAGUGGACCAGCCUCGGGCCAUCUUCAUAACCUGUGCUUCUAUUAACUCGGUCUAUGCCUCCAUUUGGGACCUUGCCAUGGACUGGAGUCUAUGUAACCCCUAUUCCAAGAACCGCUUCCUUCGGGAUUCUCUAGCCUUCCACAGUCACUGGGUGUAUUACUUAGCGAUGGCCAUUGAUCCAAUUCUCCGUUUCAACUGGAUAUUAUACGCCAUUUUCCCCCAUGGUUAUCAGCACUCGGCCAUCCUGAGUUUCUUCCUCGCGUUCUCCGAAGUAUGCCGAAGAGGAAUGUGGUCGAUUUUCCGCGUCGAGAACGAGCACUGUACGAACGUCUCACGGUUCCGGGCUUCACGCGAUGUCCCGCUUCCCUACGAAAUCCCCUCCCAAGCCAGGAUCUCAGUUGGGCGAUUGGAAGAGCAAAAUUUCCUCACACCGCAACUGAGUUUUCUGAGCAGUUCCCAAGCCGCGACAGAUGGCGAUGAGGAGAAUCAACCGGGCCCAAGUCCACAACGCAGGAUGCCAAGUUCACUGGAAAUCCCACGGACACUGUCUCGCGUAGGUACCAUGCUUGCAACGGCGCAUGCGCAAGAUUUUGAACGCAGAAAGCAGCCAGGGAUUCUGGAAAAUAGUUCCCAAGGCGAUCAUCCGACUUCACGACACGACAAAGAAAAUAGUAGUACCGAUGAAGAAGGAGGGGAUGUGGAAUGUGACGAAGGAAAACAUGAUGAGGAACAUGACUUUUGAGAUAUUGAACGCAUAUUUAUGAGGUCAUUUUCUUUCGUUCUUGCUUUUUGCUUUUCUCUCUCUCUCUUUUUUAAACUUUUGAAUAUUCUCAUGCCUUCCAAAAAAUACGAUGUUUGAUGCUAUAUAUUUACAUUUAUAGAUAGAUCUUUCUUACAUAAAAAUAUACCUAAGUUAACACAAGAAG